AUGAUACACUCGGUCAUUAUCUUCAACACCUCAGGCGUCCCACGUCUUACCAAAUUCUACACACCCAUACACCAGUCCUCGACCGUCUUGGUACAGAAGAUCUACCAGCUGAUUAGCACUAGAAGUGCCGGGUUAUGCAACUUUCUCGACGCGCCAGAGCUUGAGGAUUUCUUGGGCCAAAGAGACGAAGACGAGAAGAUGAGGGUGGUCUAUCGAAGUUAUGCCACAUUGCACUUCGUUUUCGUUGUGGAUGCGGCCGAGAGUGAGCUAGGGAUGCUUGACCUAAUACAGGUCUUUGUGGAGUCAUUAGACCGGGCAUUCGAGAACGUCUGUGAGCUCGACUUGGUCUUUCACUUCGACGAGGUGCACCAUAUAUUGGCCGAAGUCGUUCAAGGCGGCUUGGUAUUAGAGACCAACCUUGAUGAGAUCGACAAAUCGAUUCGACAAGCUUCACAGGCCCGACAGAAAUCCUUCGCAUCGGCGAAUCCCCUGGCUCUUGGUGUGGGAGGUGGCGGUCCUCGAAGCGCAUCUAUACAGACUCCGUUAGGAUGGCUAACAAAUAAGCUCACAGGGGUGGGCGCGCGAUAA